AUGACCAUGACCGCGACCCGAGCCCUCCUGCGCGUCCUGCUGCUCCUGCUGGCCUUCGGCCACCAUGCCCAUGGAGCUGAAUGCUUCCCGCCCUGCAACCGCCACUAUGGAGUGUGCACCGAGGACAAUGUCUGCAGGUGCCACCCCGGCUGGCAGGGACCCCAGUGCAAUGAGUGCAUGCCCUUUCCCGGCUGUGUCCACGGAUUCUGCAACGAGCCCUGGCAGUGCACUUGCAACGAGGGCUGGGACGGGCACUACUGCGACAUAGACAUGCGUGCUUGCACCUCGAACCCCUGCGCCAACAACGGCACCUGCACCACCAUGCAGAAGGGCCACUACCAGUGCACCUGUGCCCCUGGCUUCUCGGGCGAGAACUGCCAGAAGAAGGACGGGCCCUGCGAGGUCAACGGAUCCCCCUGCCAGCAUGGCGGCUCCUGCGUGGACGACGACGGCCAGGCCUCGUAUGCCUCCUGCGUGUGCCCGCCGGGCUUCUCGGGCAACUUCUGCGAGAUCGUGGUCAGCGGCUGUACCUCCAACCCGUGCGAGAACCAAGGCACCUGCACCGACAUUGGGGGCGACUUCCGGUGCCGCUGCCCCCCCGGCUUCGUGGACAAGACCUGCAGCCGCGCGGUAACCACCUGCGCCUCCGAGCCCUGCCUGAACGGGGGCACCUGCCUGCAGCACUCUCAGGUGAGGUUCGAGUGUCGGUGCAAGCCCCAGUUCACAGGCCCCCUCUGCGGCAAGAAGCGCGCGGCCAGCACCCAGCAAGGGCCCGGGCUGGCCUACCGCGUGACCCCCGGGGUGCACGAGCUGCCGGUGGGGCAGCCCGAGCACCACAUCCUCAAGGUGGCCAUGCGCGAGGUCAAAAAGGACACCCCGCUCCUCUCCGAGGGCCAGGCCAUCUGCUUCACCAUCCUGGGCGUGCUGACCGGCCUGGUGGUGCUGGGCACCGUGUGCGUCGUGUUUCUCAACAAGUGCGAGGCCUGGAUCGCCAACCUGCGCUACAACCGCAUGCUGAACAAGAAGAAGAAACUGCUGCUUCGCUACAGCAGCGGGGAGGACAUGGCGGUCAACAUCAUCUUCCCCGACAAGAUCGACAUGACCACCUUCAAGGAGGCUAGCGACGAGGAGAUCUAG